GAAAUUAAAUUAACAAACUUCACUACAUUCUUACUCUAACAAGAAAAUAAGUAACUAGCCUAUGGGUCUCUUUGGCGCCCUCUGUUUUAUAACCAUUUUCAUAUCCUCCAUUGCCGCCGACACACUUUCUGCAGGGCAAUCUCUUGUUGAUGAUGGAGAGGUAUUACUCUCUCCAUCUCAAGUAUUCGAGCUCGGAUUCUUCUCUCCGGGCUCAUCCACAUCAAGAUUCUUAGGAAUAUGGUACAAAGCCACACCGGACGUCGUCGUCUGGGUUGCAAACAGACAAAAUCCUAUCUCCGGCCUCACCGGAGUCCUAACUCUAUCCGAAACCGGCAAUCUGCUCCUCACCUCAACACAAGCUGAACCUCCAAUUAUAUGGUCUUCCAAUUCAUCCCUAUCAACUCCAGUUCUCCGCCUCCUCGACACCGGAAACCUGGUUGUCGUCGACAACGAAAACGCCACCUAUUUCUGGCAGAGUUUCGAUUUCCCCGGCGACACCAGGCUGCCCGGGAUGAAAAUGGUGAACGAUCCCAACACUGGAUUGGACAAACAUCUGACGUCGUGGAAAAGCCCCGACGAUCCAUCUCCGGGAGAGUUCGUUUUCAAGAUCGAAAACCAUGGAUUAUCCCAACUGAGCGUCCUCACGGGCCGCCGGAAAACGUACAGGAGCGGGCCCUGGGAUGGGGCCCAGUUCACCGGACUUCCACCCGUAACGUAUCGAGACAUCGAAUCCGAGAGGCAGUUCAGCGGGCAGGGAGAGCUGAUCGCCAUUUCCGAGGCGUACAGCAGCUCGUCUAUCAUGAGAGUCACGUUGAGCGCAUCGGGUUUGAUUCAACGGCACAUGAUGAAUGAGGAGAGAGACGGAUGGAUUUUGGCCUUCUCGGAUCCGUACGACGUGUGCACCAAGUACGGGUGGUGCGGCCCCAACGGCGUGUGCAAAGCGGACGAGCAACCGGUGUGCGAGUGCUUGAGGGGUUUCGUGCCUAGAUAUCAGAAACAGUGGGAUGCCAUGGCGUGGAGCGGUGGUUGUGCUAGGGUUCCGCCGUUGGAUUGCCACAAGGGAGAUGGGUUCAUGCAGUUUAAACGCUACAAGUUUCCUGAUACGCUGAGUUUCGAGAUGAAUGCUAGCAUGAGCAGCGGCGAAUGCCUCCAUGAAUGCUUGAGGAAUUGCAACUGCACGGCUUAUGCGGCUCCCUACUUGGUUAGUGAGAGCGCUGGGUGUUUGAUGUGGUUCGGGGAUUUGAUUGACGUCGAGGACUUCACCGGAGACCUCCGCGCCGGCCCAAGUAUCUACAUUCGCGUCCCCAUUUCGGAAUUAGAGAAUAGGAGGAAAAAACGUGUAACGAUUAUAUUGGCAUCAGCUGCUUGUAAUUUGGGAAUGCUCGGUUUGGGCUUGAGUUUGGGAGUGAUUAUUUUCAGGAUGAGACGCAAGAGACAAGCUUAUAUGAAGAAGAAGGAGGAAUUCGAGCUCCCUCUGUUUGGCUUGCCAACGAUUGCAGCAGCUACCAACAACUUCUCACACGAAAAUAUGAUUGGAAAGGGUGGCUUUGGUCCAGUUUACAAGGGGAAUCUAUCAGCUGAGAAAGUAAUUGCAGUGAAAAGAAUGUCUGCAAAUUCUGGGCAAGGGGAUCAAGAGUUCAAAACCGAAGUCACUUUGAUUGCGAAACUGCAGCACAGAAACCUCGUCAGAAUUAUGGGAUGUUGCAUUGAAAGAGAGGAAAAGAUUCUGAUAUAUGAGUAUAUGCACAACAAAAGCUUGGACUAUUUCAUUUUUGAUCAGAGUAGAAGCUCGCUAUUGGAUUGGCCAAAGCGGUUUGAUAUAAUCAUGGGGGUUGCGCGAGGCCUUCUUUACCUUCAUCAUGAUUCCAGGCUCAAGAUCAUCCAUAGGGACCUGAAGACGAGCAAUAUCUUGUUGGAUGAGAACUUGAACGCGAAGAUUUCAGAUUUUGGUUUGGCUAGACUAUUUGAAGGCGAUCAGACCAUGGCAAGCACGAAAAGAGUUGUUGGGACGUAUGGUUACAUGGCUCCUGAGUACGCAUUUGAUGGGAAGUUCUGUGUGAAGACGGAUGUAUUUAGCAUGGGAGUUGUGAUUUUGGAGAUAGUGAGUGGGAGAAAGAACAGAGGCUUCAAGAACCUUCAAGAAGAGGCAUGGCUGCUUUGGAAGGAAGGCAGAGAGUUGGAGGUGAUGGAUCCGUGUUACAGUAGUUCUUACGUGGAAUGGCAAGUGAAGAGGUGCAUUCAUGUCGGGUUGUUAUGCGUUCAGAAAGAAGCAUGCAAGAGGCCAAUGAUGCCGUCUGUGCUUCUGAUGUUGAGCACUGAGGAUACAGUAUUGGCUGAGCCCAAGAAGCCUGGUUUUUUCUUGCAUAGUAGCUCUGAUAGUACUUCACACAUGUAUGCAUCAACAAAUUCUUUGACUAAUACUGAUUUACAAGGGAGGUAGUAAUACACAUCCUUUAAUUCA